GCCCAAUCAGUCAGUUAUUGGUCAAAAUGUCAACCAAGCGGAUCGUAGCCCUUUUGGGACUGUUAGCCAUCCAAAAAACCCAGGCGGAUGUGUCGCAUUUUUUCGCUUCCCCCUUGGAGCAAUAUGGAAACUAUCUCCAUGGCCAAGUGCCCUUUCAAGUGGGACUAUCGCCUCCGAAUUUAUAUGGACCGCCGCCUGCAGCGCCCGUAACUCCUGCCCCAGUGGCUCCCGUGGCCACCACCGAGUUUAGUCUGCCGGAGAUCAUCGAGAAUCGCAGUGUCAAGUUUCAGGGAGCUGGUCAUGGCAGCUUCAUACCUCUAAGUCAGCAUUAUCUGCCGCCGGCUGUGGAAGAGCGACCAAGCUAUGAAAGUCCCAAACCAAGUGAGGAGACCUAUCCAGCUUACUACUAUCCCCAACCGCCUGAAGGCAGCAUUUUAAGUACCUCUGCACCCACAACUACCACUACUUCAAGACCCAUCAUUGUACAAGAUCCUGGAGAAGAUAUUGAGACUAUACAUCCGCCUGGCUACGAUUACCAUGCUCCAGUGGCUGUUCCAGUCUUCCCGCUAAAGCCCUCCACACCGGCUCCAGUUUAUCUGCCACCCGGUGAAGGAAACCAGGAGCAAAAUCAACUGAGACUCCGGCUCAAGGACAUGCGUUGCCUUUCGGGGGGUUAUUUUCGGGCUGUUCUCAAGUUGGACAGCUUUUUGGGAGCAGCACCCACUGUGGAUCAGGAUAAUGAUGAUCAACUGGAUAAGCGCUGUGAAAUGAAACUCUCGCGAAGCUUUCUGCUCUUGGAUAUUUCUGGCGAGGAUUUCGAGAGAUGUGGCGUGAGAACCUGUGGCCAGGAUCUUUGUCUACGCUUGCGUUUUCCCGCCAUCAGGGGGUUAAGAACCAGUGGAGAUUCGAUCUUAACCCUGCAUUGUAAGACUCAGGAAAGAGUGGCAGUCAAGACGCAUGCCUUGAAAAUGGGCGUAUCUAAUGAUGUGCAAGCUCGCAAUGGGGGUAGCUACGCCCAUGGUGGCAAUCAAAAUGCCUUUCGAACGCACGUGGAACUGUUGAGAAAAGGCAGCACUGGAUAUACCCGACAUUUGGAGAGCAAUGGGGCGGUCCAGUUGGGCGAGGAACUACUCCUUAGAGCCCACGUUUUGGCGGGAGAUGGCUGGAACUACACCAAGCUGAGUGAUGUGCAAUUGCAGAGGAUUGCAAGUGGAGGAGAAGUACUCAACACGGUUCAGUUGGUCAGUGCGCGGGGCUGUCUAAAUCCCGCCAUGCAGGCAAUCUGUGCCCAUGCCCCCAUUUUGGAACCUCCUCUCGGCCAGAGGCUCCACUUCAAGGCGGUCAUGUUUCCAGGCAUGCGAAGUGGCGAGGUUUUGGUGAUUUCCAUGCGAAUCACUGGCUGCUUGGAACGCGAGGAUUGCCAGGUGACCGCUCAAGAUUGUUUGCCAUCCGUGGGCCAACGGAGACGACGGAAUGUUUCACACGGAAAUAGUACUGAAGUUUCGGAACUAUCGCAUCUAACCUUCCGGGUGAUAAUGCCGGGUGAGGAGGAUAUAUCUCGAAAAGAAAGCGAUAUGGAUAAUGGAAUCUCGGGAGUCAAAGAAGUCUCCAAAUCACUGGCACUUUUUGGCAGCUUGGGAUUUGUGGUAAUGCUUCUGGGAGUUGCCAUUGUGGCUUUAUAUAAAUUUGGAAAGUAG